AUGGGGCUCUUAAAUUCUUCAGAUAAAGAAAUUAUCAAAAGGGCUCUACCAAAAACCUCGAAUAAAAUUAUUGAUGUCACGGUGGCUAGACUUUACAUUGCAUACCCUAACAAAGACGAGUGGCAGUACACCGGACUCUCAGGAGCUCUCGCUCUAGUAGAUGAUCUUGUGGGUAAUACAUUCUUUUUGAAAUUGGUUGACAUCAGUGGCCAUAGAGGAGUUAUUUGGGAUCAAGAAUUGUAUGUAAAUUUCGAAUACUAUCAAGACCGUACUUUUUUUCAUACGUUUGAAAUGGAAGAAUGCUUUGCAGGUUUACUAUUUGUUGAUAUCAACGAGGCAUCACACUUUUUAAAGAGGGUGCAAAAACGUGAAAGAUACGCCAAUAGGAAGACUUUGCUGAAUAAAAACGCAGUAGCAUUAACCAAGAAAGUAAGAGAAGAAGAAAAAUCUCAGAUAGUUCACGGCCCAAGAGGAGAGUCGUUAAUCGACAACCAAAGGAAAAGAUAUAACUACGAAGAUGCGGAGGCAAUACCAACUACAAAGCAUAAAGCCCCUCCUCCCCCUCCGCCAACGACUGAAACAUUUGAUUCAGAUCAAACAAGUUCGUUUUCCGAUAUCACUUCCGCAACAGCAUCCGCACCGACUACCCCAGCCCCUGCUCUUCCUCCCGCAUCUCCUGAAGUAAAGAAAGAAGAACCGCAUCCCAAACAUAGCUUACCGCCUUUACCAAAUCAGUUUGCGCCUUUACCAGACCCUCCACAACACAAUGCACCUGCUCAACAUAACGCGGCUUCGCAAUCUCAAACCAAUCCAUUUCCUUUCCCAAUUCCUGAAGCUUCCUCGACGCAAUCUGCAGCAAACCCAUUUCCAUUUCCGGUGCCUCAACAACAAUUUAAUCAGGCACCUCUGAUGGGGAUUUCACAGCAGAAUAGGCCCCUUCCACAGUUGCCCAAUAGAAAUAAUCGCCCUGUGCCACCUCCUCCACCAAUGCGUGCCACUACUGAAGGUUCCGGCGCUCGCCUACCUGCACCUCCACCUCCGCCAAGGCGUGGACCAGCACCACCUCCUCCACCACAUAGGCAUGUAACUAGUAAUACUCUCAAUUAUGCGAAUGGAAAUAACCUCCUUCCACAGGCUACUGGAAGAAGAGGGCCGGCACCACCACCACCGCCAAGAGCAUCUCGCCCCGCACCUAACGUAAUGAUGCAACAAAAUCCACAACAGUACAAAUCUAACCAACCUUUUGGAUACCAAACAAAUAGCAACAUGUCAUCUCCACCACCCCCUCCAAUGACAACUUUCAAUACGCUAACACCGCAAAUGACCGCAACAACUGGAGAAUCUGCAGCUCCCCUACCUCAGAUUGCUCAGACACCUACACAAACUACAGGGGUACCAAUGGCGCCGCCACCUCCUCCGGCAUUUUUAGGCCAGUCGCAGACAUCUCAAUCAGCAACCCCAGCACCUGUUCUGCCAGUGUUACAAUCGGCGACAAAUGCUGCACCACCUCCACCACCAGCAUUCUUAACACAACAACCUCAAUCUGGAGGACCUCCUCCUCCUCCACCAGCAUUCUUAACACAACAACCUCAAUCUGGAGGACCUCCUCCUCCUCCACCACCUCAAAUGCCAGCUGUAUCAACAUCCGGAGGCGGUUCAUUUGCUGAAACUACUGGAGAUGCAGGUCGUGACGCAUUGUUAGCUUCAAUUAGAGGAGCAGGUGGUAUAGGCGCCUUAAAAAAAGUGGACAAAUCCCAGCUAGAUAAACCUUCAGUCUUACUGCAAGAAGCACGUGGAGAUUCCGUUUCACCACCAGCAGCAGCAGGAAAUGGUGGCACAGCUGCUGGGCCUCCGGCUUCUUUGGCAGAUGCGUUGGCAGCAGCUCUGAACAAAAGAAAAACUAAAGUGGGAGCACAUGACGACAUGGACAAUGGAGAUGAUUGGUAA